UCAUACCAAAUAGCAGAUUGUAUUCUAAUUUACAUAUUUAAUUGUGUAGUCAUCAACAAAAUAAACUAUGGCCGCAGAUGAUGACAUGAGAGGCGAGCUCGCCAACAUGCAGAUGAGGGCGAACCAAAUUACUGAUGAGUCUCUGGAAAGUACUCGUCGUAUGGUUGGACUGAUGGAAGAAACACAAGAUGCUGGAAUCAGAACCUUAGUUAUGCUUGAUGAACAAGGAGAACAACUCGAUAGGAUCGAUGAAGGAAUGGAUCAAAUUAAUCAAGACAUGAAACAAGCAGAAAAAAAUUUAGAAGGAUUGGAAAAGUGUUGUGGAUUAUGUGUUUGCCCAUGGAAUAGAGCUAAAAAUUUUGAAAAAGGUGACGAAUAUAAAAAAGCAUUCAGUAAAAAUCAAGAUAAAGUUGUCAGUGACCAACCCGGUGCCAGAAUUCAGGAUGAGAGAACGAUGGCACAAGUUGGUGGUGGAUACGUCAAGAGGGUAACAAACGAUGCACGAGAAGAUGAGAUGGAAGAGAAUUUGACACAAGUUGCUGGAGUUAUCGGUAAUCUGAAACACAUGGCUUUAGAUAUGGGCAAUGAAAUCUCAUCACAAAACAACCAAAUUGAUAGAAUCAACGCAAAAGCUGAUGCAAACAAGGGCAGAAUUGAUUCCGCUAACCAACGGGCUGCAAAAAUACUCAACAACUGAGUAUAUAUUCUUCACUAUUAUUGAUAAUUCAGAUUGUUUAAAUAGUAUCAUAUGAUCCGGAACUAUCCAGUCAGCUCCUCGAAAGAAUAAAUAUAAAAGGAGUAGCUAGCUACAUCUACUUGCGAAUAAUUAUAAAUUAAUCAAUGCAGCAUUGUAUUUCCAAGCAGCACUUGUGUGCUUCUAAUAUUUUUCAUACUAAUAUUAUUAGGCAAGGAUUCUACGUUUGACUUGAAAGAGUUUAAACAAAGAUUAUUAAAAAAAAAAUUAUCUGUUGCGGUAAUUCAUAGCAAAAUCAGCUUAUUUAUUUUAGCUUUUGUCUGUCAAAUGUCAAAUUCCGACUAAAGUUAAGAAAAUGUUACUCUUUGAACAGUAAAUGAUAAUCUUCAUUCAUUUCUUUUUAAUUAUAGUUGUUCUGUAGCGAUUUUUUUCAUGAAAUCAGUAAAAGUGAAAAACGAUUUCCAUUAUGCACGUUUAACAGUGCAUUAAUGUGAGUCUUAGGGGUUGUGCAAUAUUGCAUGCUUACAUUGACGAUGACCUGGUUAUUGUUGUUGAUUAAAAUUUUAUAAUAUCCCAAAUCAUAACCUAUAGUACAUUUAUGGGUUCAGCCUCUUCUUAUAUGUUCUUGAGAAUGACAAAUGUUAUGGGUGGUAGUUUGAAAUCUAAAAUUAGUAGAGCGCAACAUUAUGCUUGAGUAUGAAUCCAACCCUUAUUAUUCCAUAGAGACAAAAUUCUCACGAUAAAAGACAAGAAAUAAUCUCAAAUAGUUUUCUAUAUUGCCAAUCAAUAAAACAUAUUUUGAUAUUAUAAGUCAGAUAUCAUUUGGCGUCAUUAAUAUUCAAAAUUAUAGUAUUUUUGAAUAUGAAAAUUCCCAUCGUUAAUUUGUUAUAUACAAUAUGAGUUUGAUUGAAUUUUUCUUUGAAGCCUUGACAACCCAACUGCAUCUUGAUAUUCAGUUCAAUCAAAUGUUGCAUUAUAACAUUUUAAUUCAUAUGUUUGAUUCUGAUUGGAAUUCCUUCAUGAAUAUUUUAUUAAGGUCAAUGCAUUAUACUCGACACUCUACAGACUAUUCAUUUGUUUGUAAAAUGAUUUAUUUACGAAAUGACAUUUUUUGACUUUUCCAAUCGAUUCGGGUUCAUCGUCAAAACAGUCAAAGUAUUUUUAUCAAAGAUUGAAAAUUGAUUUUUCAUGUUGAAACUUUUGUUGCUAUGUUAAGUAAGUCUGCAACUAUUGGAAUGAUAAUGACAUUCUGUGACAUUUUUCAUCUUCAGACCAUCUUUCAUUUUGAGAAUAAGGUGACUUUCACGUUUACACUGGUGAUUGGUUGUUCAUUUUCGACAUUUUGAUUACUCAACUUUUUCAUGCCGAUAUUUGGAAUAAAAUUAGUUGUAAUGAUUUGAAUUAAAAUCAUAGUUGAAUAAGCACGGAGAUCUUUUUGUACAUUUUGGAUUUUUAAAACAUUGCAAAUGACUAUCUUAAACUUGUAAAUUUGUGAAUUAUAUUAAGAGUAUAAACUAUAUUGAAUUUUAUAAAGUAGUAGUUAACAAUUUUUCGAUAAUUCAGUGAAAGCUUUUUAGUGACAUGCCAUGCAGCGAAUUCAUGAAAAAAGAUUAAAUUAAAUAAAAUCUAGAUAUACCAUGAUUUGGCUGGAAUAGAAAUCAUCAGUUAUCUUAUUUUGCAAAUUUGUCUUAUUGCAAAGAGUAGAAUUAUCUUCACAUUGGUGGCCACCCAAUGUCCAAUAAAUUUUUCAUACCGCUCUAAGGUUAUAAGCUCUCCGUAAUCAUUUAUUACACCAAGGUAUGUUCCUAGUAAACUCAAGGACACUCUCUUCAUCCAACACCACCAUUCAAUUAGGUUCAUCGAUUUCUUAUCAUUUUGUGUAGGCUGUUUACUUUGUAAGACCUAUUAUUAAUAUUUGUGUUCUUUUAUGAUAUGUACAGUAUGUAUCGAUUAUUUUUUGAUCCAGGUAUCUAAUGUGUUGUUUAACUUAUAUAUUUUCUGAGAUGGAUAUUGAAUGUGAAUUGUUGAAAACUUUAUAAUAAUCCUGAAUUUUUUUCUGGUAUGUCAUUAUGUCCACGUUCCUUGAUAUAAACACCUUAAACAAGAAGUCUUUUUCGCAAGAAUGUGUGGCAUGUUUUGAAUAAAAAGAAAAUUGGUUAAUAUGUUUUAUACCAAAACAGCAAAUUUUGGAACACUUUUUUUUAGGUCUUUUUUUAUUUUCAAUUUAUCCAAUGAUUUUAUUUUGUAAUAUUCUACCUAUGUAAUAAAAUGAUUAUUUCAGCAAUUGUCAUGACAAUGAAUCCUAAAUAUAGUAAACCUGAUAAUAUACCGCAGUGAGAAUUAAUCGAUGAAAUAUCUACUUGGCCAUCUUGUCGAUUAUUGAAAUCUGCCAAACUUUACAGUGAAGAUUUCUCAAUUGUAUUGAUUUAUUACUAUAAAGUUACACCCUUUGCAAGCACAGUCUUGUCUUGUUAUCUGUUUGUUAAAGCAUUAAUAACUACAAUACUCUUGAAGUUCAUACUUCUAUAGGAACUUGUAACAGCUGUCUACUCAUAAAUAUUUAUUAUUCGAUCUUUACGCCCGCCCAAUGUUUGUUUCUUGUAGUAUAAUAUGUUACUCGUCUGCUUCUGCAAUGUCACGCCCCAUCUGUUGUUUUUAAACACCAAAGUUUAUGUUUUCAAUGUUAUUAUUAUUAUUAAGAUUGUUUUCCCCAUAUAGCGAUUGCGUUAUUUUCAUUCUUCUGUUCAAUUUACUGCUAUGGUUUUAAUCGUUUUCAUCUGAUAUGUAUGUAUUAUAUUCAUUUGAAAUAUUUACUGUACUAAUGAAUAAAUUUAUAUUUAAGA